AUGACUCUCCUUGCACUUCAUUCGCCAUUUGAACCUGCAUCCGGACCCCCAACUAGUGUACCGGACAUUGUUCAGGAUGUUCGUCUCGUACGUUACGCAAUGCUCGCAGGCUUAGUUCUCCAAAUGUUUGAUUAUAUUAUAGUCUUUGACGAAGAGGUUCGUCUCGUCUGGCUUCGUCACAGCCCAGGAAACCGUCGCAUCGUUUUCUUGAUAAAUCGAUACUACCCGUUCAUAACGGCGAUUUCUGCGUGCUAUUUCUCGCUCAUCAACCCAAAUCAUGGGGCCUGUCACAUUGCUCACUUCGUAGUUGCGGGAAUCGCACUUCUCGGAGCAGUUAUUGCGGAAGUCACGCUCUUCAUCAGGACAUGUGUGAUUUAUGGACGCAACUCGAAGGUGUCAUUGCUCCUCUAUUUUCUUGCUUUAUUCUCGACUGCUGGAUCAUCCGUCAACACAGCAUUCUAUAUCGCCAAGAGCUCGGUACUAGACGUCUCUUUCCCAUAUAAGGGAUGCAUAUAUUGGUAUCGCCUCAAAAUCGAGUGGCUGAGUAUUGUUCUCCUCAUUAUCUGUGAAUCGGUGGCAUUCUGUCUUCUAGUGCGGAAGAUUAUCUGGAACCGCCGGCACGCAGAAUCACAACUUCUGAGACAUAUUUGUCGGGACUCAUUGUACUAUUUCGUUUGUAUAAUUGGUUCAUCGAUUGUGAACCUCGUAAUUCAGCUCUUCGCUUCCAAUCUCCUUUGUGAUGCUCUCCUCAUUCCACAGAGUAUACUACACCAGAUUCUAUGCACGCAUUUCAUUCUACGUAUGCGCCGACUUAGCGAGGAGGCGCCCCCACUUGCUUUAGACAAUUUAAGUCUGCCUCUCACACCACUGCCACUAAAAGGUUCAACAAGUGAGUCCGAAAGGUCCGAAAGUGAUGUAUAG